GGGCCGUGAUGACGUCCCAGAGCGGAGCGCCGCUCAGUCCGCCGGGGUCGUUCCCCGCCGUGUCCCUGCGCUUCCUGCGCUGCUUCACGGCCUGCGGACGCACCGGGCCGCGUUUCCCGCGGUUGCUGCCCGCUGUCCCCGUGGGCGAAGCGCCGCCCGGCCGACGGCUGAGAUCCUCUCCCGUGUCUCGCGGUUCCCGCGGGACGGUCGCCGUUUGCCGUCGGCCGCCUCGGCCUCUUCGUGCCCCAAUGGGAGCUGCCGAGUCCCGGCUUGACCCAGCGAUGGAGCACCUGGGAAAGGAGCGGGCAGCCCUGGCGGCACAGCUGGAGGCGGUGCAGCGGUGUGAGCGGGAGGGGCGGAGCCUGCCCGCACUGCUCUGAGACCUCAUGGAAGGGCUGAGAGCGGCUGGGAAGGCUCUGUGCGUGGAGAUCCCUCCCUGGGGGGGUAUCUCCCCGUGAGCCGAGAUGUUCGCAGACCGCUGAGCGUUCCUUUCCUGUUUGUCCCUUUGCCAUUCCUCUCCUGUAUCGCCUUUCCACCGUGCUGUUCUUUCCCACUGUGACAGCCGCCCCAUAGCAGCACCACCCCAAAGCCUCACCGCCCCGUAGCAGCACCGCCCCGUAGCAGCACCGCCCCAAAGCCUCACCGCCCCAUAGCAGCACCGCCCCAAAGCCUCACUGCCCCAUAGCAGCACCGCCCCAAAGCCUCACUGCCCCAUAGCAGCACCGCCCCAUAGCAUCACUGCCCCAAAGCCUCACUGCCCCGUAGGUGCACUGCCCCGUAGCUGCACCACUCCAUUGUGUCUCUACCCCAUAACGUUGCCCAAUAGUGUCACUGCCCCAAUAGCAUCGCUGCCUGCAUGGGAACUGCUGAGUCCCAGCCUGACCCUCUGAUGGAUCACCUGGGAAAGGACCGCUCAGCACUGGCAGCAGAGGUGAAGGCGAUGCAGCUGUGCAGCAGGAAGGGUUUGAGCCUGGCUGCACUCCUCUUAGACCCCAUAGAAGAGCUGACAGCCACUGGGUGAGGAUUUCUGGUUGGGGAUCCCUCCUUGGCGGAGUUUUCCCCUGCGAUCGUGGAGUGUUCUGAAAGGGGUGAGCAAUCUGCUUCCCUUCCUCUAUUGCACCUCCUGUCUGUGUGAUGAAAUUGACAACAAACAAAACGCUUCAGUUUCUCUCUUGGGA